UCUUGCUUCAUGAACUCACACUUCAGCCUUCCCGACGAGCUCUUGGGAGAGAUCUUCGAGCACUGCCUGCCUCCAUAUCCCGCCUGCCCGCCUUUCCGUGGUCUCGGCUCUCCGACAACUCUUGCACAAGUUUGCCCUCGUUGGAAAAGCGUAGCACAUGGGACACCGCGACUCUGGCGCGCUAUCAAGCUGGACUUGGACCCAAGCAACAAGAAUCACAUCACUGGGACUGCUGCGCGGAAACGUCUCGACAUUGCCGAAGCAUGGCUGGAGAGAUCCCGCUCGCUCCCACUCUCCAUCGUCUUUCACUGCCCCACCCAUACGAUGACUCCCAUUCUGUCAGACGCGUUUGCGACACUACUUUCCCAUUGCUCACGGUGGCAAUACGCCGAUAUCAUGGUGCCUGCGUCUAUCCCGGUCGAAGAGCAGGCUGGCGGAGAAUGGCGCGCUAUGCCUAUGCUUCUCGAACUCCAAGUGUACGUGCACAGUGCCGAUACCGAGCCCCAUCUUGGCAGAUUGAGGCCUCCAAACCUGAAAACUUUCGUGGGGCGGCUGACGGACGAUUCAUAUUACUGCGAGAUGCUCGCCUCCGAGGUCUGGCAGAACCUGACCACGCUCGAACUGAACGACAUCCCGCUCCAAGAUAUCGCGCCUCUUCUCUCCCAAACUCAUGCAUUGGUCCACUGCUGGCUGGACAUAUGGAACCACAGGCCCGUCGAUGAUUUCCCAGACAUACAACUACCAAAUCUAGAGACCUUGAUCCUUAAGGGCCACGGGCAGGCCGGCGAUACCAACACCCUGUUAACCUCGCUCACCCUUCCGGCCCUUCAGCAGCUCGGCAUCUUGGAUGCCUUCAUUGUCGGAUUCGCCCCGGCAGACUCGGACACCCAUAUAAACAGCCUCGUCAGUCUGGUCCAGAAACUCGGCUGUCGCGAAUCACUCACACAGUUGGCGAUUGUGACCGAGUGGAAUGUUUGGAGCACGUAUGCGGAUGACAUUCAGGUUGCGUUGCCCUCGCUUCGGCAGCUGCACCUCAAACCGAAAGAGUGGCUGUUGGCUUUGAGAGACUUCUGGAGCUCCAAGACGCUGCUGUAA